AUGCCAUCACCCUCCAGCUCUGUUUCGUCCCCGACCUCACCCACCGCAUCCUCCUCCUCCGCCUCGAGGACAUUCGCUUCGCUCGUCGAGGAGGAGCGACCGCUUCAAGCUGCAUCGGUGGCGAUGGAAGGCGGCAUGCCGAGUUGCAUCAAGCUGUUCGACCAUUACCUCAGUUGCUACUGUGAGCUCCGUAACGUAAACCAUACUUUGGUCAUUGUCCGCGUGCUUACACCCUCUUCCUUUGGUCGUGCAGCCAUCAAUUCCCAAACUCGAUCCCUCUACCGCCACGGAACGGUCAAGGAUUGUUCCCCCCAAUUCAAAGAGUUCAAAUUCUGUCUAUCUUUGAAGGCACAGACGACCGAAGAAAGGGAUGCGAUUUGGGUGCAGCGGAGGAGUGAAAUGUGGGCCCGGAGGAGGAUGGAGAAGAACUCGGAGGACGUGUGGGAGGCCAGAAAGUCCGUUCCCAAGCGGUGUUCCUGGGACCCGAGUUAGAGGUUACUGAUUUAUCACUUGUUAUGAAUCAGAAAUGUCUACGACGAUUCCUCGGUCGACAAGGUCAAGGAAUGGCUCGGCAACGCACGAUGA